AUGGAGGCUCUUUUGCAGCAGUCUCGGGCUAUGUGUCCUUUCCUCAAGCGCACCUCCCCCACUACACUCCGCACUCUCUCCACUGCUACUCGUCCCAGCACGAGCCCCGGAGGCGGCACCAUGUCCAACCUGCAGACCAUUGCCCGCCGCUGCCCCGUCAUGAGCAAGGCUCUGGCCGUGCAGAGUGCUCGCCUCAGUGGCACUAAGCGCUUCACCUCGUGCGCCGCCGGAGUCGCCGGAAUUCAACCUUUGCGGGUUCCCACUGGCAAGCGGUCAUUGCACACCACCGGAGGCCACCCUGCCAGUAUUGCCUCUGGCGGUUAUGAGAAGAACGAGCGAGUGAACCCCAACUUGGCCAAUGCGCUUCGCUCGUCUCCGGCCGCUGCCCACGCUGCAGUCCGCGGUCCCCGUCCGGAAGCCCCUGCCAACGGCAAGUUCAACUACGAUGGAUUCUACGGCGAGGAAUUGGAGAAGAAGCACAAGGAUAAGUCCUACCGCUAUUUCAACAACAUCAACCGUCUCGCCAAGGAGUUCCCCCGGCCCACACUGCCUCUGCCGAGGAGCGCGUGA